GCCGUAAGCCGCUUAGAUAGUACUAGCAGUAGGUAGGCUAUAAAUACCCCCACCCAACCGCCAAAUUUCUCACUUUCCUCCACCCAUCAUAAUGGCCCAGCGGCGAUACUUUCUUCUUGAUGAGCGGGUGCCCAAAAGCGAGAUUGAUAGUUUUAUUUGUCGGGUUGUCGAGACCUUCUCGCUGCCCCAGACCAGAUUCGCGCCAUCGCCUUCUCGUACCCCCGGUCAGCCAUCGCAUAACACGAAUGAUAUCAUCCCUGAUAUCCUUCCAGAGCCCGUUUUGACGACCAACCGAAAGGAUCUGAUCCAAGUUGCUCGUAAAAAGGGCAUACGCGCCCAAUUAUCCAUACUGUUACAUAUUGAUGUCACACGCGGCUCGAUAGAAAAACGCCAACUUGAAAGCAACAUUGUGAAGCAGUACGCGCUGCCCAAUCCUGAACACUGCUUCAAAGUUCUCAUGCAGAAUGAACACUAUGCUCAAGAUGUUCAAGAGCUCUUGGAACGCACAAAAACUCACCGUGCGUACCUGGUCACUGGCUUUCUCACUGCUGUUGGAACAACCUGGACAAUCGAGAGCACAUCUAGCACGGAAAAUGGCUUUGGUGUCAACGUUCCGGUGUCGAUUUUUCUCAGCGUACCUGCUGGAGACGUAUUGAAUUUCACUCUCCAGCCUCAGAUAUGUUCCGAGACACUAAACAGUCGUGAAUUAUUCUCUGAGGAGGAAGAGAUCUUUGCGGUAUCAUACUCUGUCGUCGAUUUGAAACGCCACGGCUGCCUGUUGCCGGGCUUCGGCAUCAAAACUCCAGUUUUGGGGCUCCAGAAAAGGGCAAAGGCCUAUCACCUGGCUCUUGGAGACAGUGAUGAUAGUAGCGAAGAGUUCGAGUUCGAUUCGGAUAAUGAGUUUGUUGAUACGCAUACCAAACUCUCGGACGAGGUAAUCCUCAAUGUUGAUCACAACAUAGAGAUCGGGGGGCAGAUAUAUUUCGAGGUUGAGUCCAUUUUGAACCCCGAGUGAAACCCCAUAGAAAUUAUUCGAUCAUUAUUCUAUGAGGCUGAUACAGACUUAGUAGUUUUGCUAAGUUAGGAAGAUUGAAUCAGAGGUGGUCGAGGGCAAAGGCAAUCUCCAGAUGCAGAUUUACUAAAUUGAAUGGGAGUCAUUGAGCGAACA